CACCCCUCUCUCUCUUUCUUCCCUUCUUUCAUUCCUAUUCUCUUCUCUCUUCCCUUCUUCUCCCUCAUCUCAUCUCAUCUCUCUCUCUCGAUUAGGGUUUUCUCUUCCGCGCUUCCUCCAUAUUCUCCUCACUCGAUCAACAUUAUCACCACACCACUAUGCUUGAAUUGGGGGAUAAAUCCUAGUGCAUUUCUGCUGUAGAAGUAUCACCCAUUCACAUUUCACUGGUGCGAAAUCAUGGAAGAGUGCUAGAUGAUUGGUUAGUGAUGUUAUGUAAUCAUCUAUCCUGGGUGGUUACACAUAUCUGAAUUGAGUUCAAUAAUCAACUCUACUAUAGAUAUUGGGAACUCAAUUUGUGAUACGUUAGUUCUGGGUAAACAGCAUAAGCCCCAGAGGAUUUCUGCUAUCCAUGCUGGGAGAGAGCAUGCGUGGAAUCUGUAUAUCGGGUAAUGCCCCUGUCGAGAUUUGCUGCCGAAGCAUUCGGUGUGGUGACAAUUUGUCUAGUAGCCAUCUUGAUUCUUCUUGGGUUGAUAUGCAUUGCUUACUCCUUCUACUUCCGCUCUCGUAUUAAUAGUCAAGGUUUUGUUCAGCUCAAUUAUUUUAGUGGUCCUUGGAUUAUUAGAAUAACAUUCAUCCUAUUUGUUUUCUGGUGGGGUCUAGGUGAGAUUAUUCGGAUAGCUUUGUUAAGACGUGCCCUGCACUUAAAAUGGAAGGAAACUGUUUGCAAAUGUUACAUUGUAUCGAGCAUGGGAUUUGCAGAACCGUGCCUCUUCCUCACACUUGUGUUUCUCCUCCGUGCACCCUUGCAGAGGUUGGAAACUGGAAUUAUGAGCCAAAAAUGGAAUGUGAAGACAUCUGGGUACAUUAUUCUUUACUGCCUUCCAAUGUUUCUUCUCCAGCUUUUUGUUAUUUGGGUCGGCCCUCAGUUGGACAAGAAUAAGGGUAUUUGGAAAAAAUUGCCUCAUUAUUUUACAAGUACAGUUGCCUCCUCUUCAGUGGCAGGGGGGAAUGAUGAUAUUGCACUCUGUACUUACCCUUUACUUAGUACUGUUCUCCUUGGCCUCUUUGCCGUUAUACUGACUUCCUACCUAUUUUGGCUUGGUAGUCGGAUUUUGAAAUUAGUCAUCAACAAAGGUCUGCAAAAAAGGGUCUACACAUUGCUGUUCUCUGUUUUGUGUUUCCUUCCAUUAAGGGUUCUUUUUCUUGGUUUAUCUGUUUUAUCUGAACCUGAGAAUUUAAUGUUUGAAGCCUUAGUUUUCUUGGCUUUUCUUGCACUUGUAUGUUGUUCUGGGUUGUGCAUGUGCACACUUGUGUACCGUCCAAUUGCAGAUUGUUUAGCACUGGGAAAUCUACAAGACUUGGAGGCUAGGACUAGGAGGUUUAACGAUGAACAUAAUGAAACUGCAUCCCUUAUUGCUAACCAGAGUCAUCCUGAAGAUAAUGUUGAGGAAAAUGCUCGGCCUAGUCCUGGUAGGUAUUCUGAUGAAUCAACAAAGCGGGGAUCAAUUUCAUUUCGGACAAUGGAAAAGGGUGUCGGUUCAACUGGAACAUUUGUAGAACUUAGCCUAUUCUCUCCCAGCCGCAGUGCAACACCUCCCGGAUCUCCGUCUCUUCCAGGUUGGCCCAUGCAAUCUCCAACCCAAGUUAUUGGACCCUAGCAGCUAGUAACUGAACAUGUUGGGUGAAUAUCAAUUUUUGGAAAAGAAAAAACUGAUUGUAAAGGGGUUUAGCUUCAAUAAGGCUUUUUUCUUUUGGGUUCUGUUUGCUAAUUCUAGGUAUAUAAUGUUUUUGCCCUAGAAAUUAUUGAGUACAUCCUUUUUUUUAUGUGCUGCUAUCUUGAUAACUUUUUUCCUGCCGGGUUGUAUUUUUGUACUUUAAAUGUUAGAACACCAUUACUUACAAUUAUAUAUUCUCUUUUAUCA